AUGGUGAGCGAACGGAAACGAAUCACGUUGCAAGGCGAGCUUGAAGAGAUGCGCUCUUUGGUGGAGAACGCCGAACGCGCCCGAAAGCACGCAGAAUCUGAGCUGACCGAGGCGCAUUCGCGUAUCAGCGAGUUGACCAUCCAAAUCACCACCAUCAGCAACGAUAAACGUCGUCUUGAGGGCGACAUCGGCGUGAUGCAGGCAGACCUCGACGACGCCAUAAACGCCAAACAGGCGGCUGAAGAUCGAGCCAACCGACUCAACACCGAAGUUCUCCGUCUGGCAGAUGAGUUACGGCAAGAACAGGAGAACUACAAGCAUGCUGAAUCACUUCGUAAGCAAUUGGAGAUUGAGAUCCGCGAGAUAACCUUCGAGGCUGAGCAACGCCGAGGCAAAGAGGCGAUGGCCGGUCUUCGUAAAUACGAACGCCAAUACAAGGAACUGCAGACCCAAGCGGAAGACGACAGACGCAUGGUUCUUGAGCUGCAGGACCUGUUGGACAAGACGCAGAUGAAGAUGAAGGCCUACAAGCGACAGCUUGAGGAAUCCGUGAGUUCAGUUAAUCACCUGAUUGAUGAUACUUUCACUUACUCUGGGCAUUUCAAAUGCAUGUGA